AGGUUAGGCGAGGUUGGAUGUACUUUGUUCUUUUGAUGAUUUGAGAUUGCUGCAGGAUUGCUAACAAGGCAAUUAGUUACUGCAAAGGAAUGUCAAACUUGCGCUUCAAGUAUUAACCACAGCACAUAGUUUAUUUUCCGACGAAAUCUGUUUUGAGGUAAUUUUAUUUCCAGAUUUUUCCGCCUCGUUUAUUGACAAGCCAUGCCAAGGUGCACACAGUGGAAUUUCAACGAAAAGAAGUUGGCUGUUCAUAUCAUUAUAUUGGAAAGACAUCUGAAUCCCAAGAGAAGAUUAAGAACCAAGAAUCUGUAGCUCUGUAAACACACAAUCAGGAUAUUUUGUUCUCCUCCAAGAUGGAUAUUACAACCGAUUGUAAACAAGAUCUCUCAAAUGAACUCUAUAGACUUGGAACAUUUAUCGACUUUCCAUCUGAUGUCCCAGUGUCUGAUGCAACAUUGGCCAGAGCAGGUUUCUUUUAUACUGGUGUCAAAGACCAAGUUAGAUGUUUUAGCUGUGGUGGCAUAGUAGAAAACUGGCAGCAUGGAGAUUCUGCUAUAAGAAAACACAGGCAGCUAUUCCCAGCUUGUCCAUUUAUUAACCGUACAUGCAUGAAUGAACAAAUGAACUCUAGCUUUCCAGUCAUGUUUCAUGACCCCUCAAACUCUGAGGAAGUAGCUAAUCAUCACCCUUCAGAAAAUGGCCCUUGCAGCCACUUGAAUGGUGAUUGCCAAUUUCAUAACCAACUUCUCAGCGAUCCUGUGAAAAGUAGAAGUAUUGAAGACAUGUCCCAUCUUCGACCCAAGAAUCCUGCAAUGUGCAGUGAAGAAGCCAGACUCAAAACCUUCACUACGUGGCCUAGUUAUGGCAUUGUAACACCAAGAGAGCUUGCUAAAGCAGGGCUUUAUUAUUUAUGCAAAGAUGAUCAUGUACAGUGCUUUUGUUGUGCUGGGUUAAUGAAAAAUUGGGAACCUGGAGAUCGAGCAAUGUCUGAGCACAAGAGGCAUUUUCCUAUGUGUGCUUUUGUUUUGGGACACUCUGUUGGAAAUAUACCAAUUGAUCCAAAUUGCAGCAGAAAAUAUGUUAACCAGCCAUUAAAUGGUGAACCAAAAGCAAACUUUUUUAAUCUAUCCAAACACCCAGACAAGCAAACAUUAGAAUCCCGGCUUCAGACAUUCAAAUGCCCAGAACGUUUUCCACUGAAUACUGCUGACCUAGCAGGAGCUGGGUUUUACAGCACAGGUGAUGAAGACAACGUAAAGUGUUUUCACUGUGAUGGAGGCCUGAGAAAUUGGGAAUCGAGUGAUGAGGCCUGGGAGCAGCAUGCAAAAUGGUUUCCAGGGUGUGGGUUCCUGAAUCAACAGAGAGGCCAAGACUUUGUCAGUGAUGUUCAGUUGAGGAAAUUACAAUCCGGUUCUACUACUGAAGCCUUCCCCCAAAAUGGUCUUUCUGCACAUCUAUCAGAAUCUGAAAGCUCACUUAUGCAAACCCCAGUAGUUCAGGGUGCUCUUGAGAUGGGAUUUGACAGCUUGCUAAUAAUGGAAUUAGUGAAAAGGAAACUUAGAUCGGCACAUGAUACCUACAGUUCUGUUGAAAUGCUGGUUACGGAUCUUCUGGCAGCUGAAAGAGAAACACAGGAUCAGGAACGUGAGGACCAGAAGGAAGAUACAAACCUGGAAGAGCAGUUAAAAAAACUCAAGGAAGAGAAGUGUUGCAAAAUUUGCUGGGAUCGAGAUGUUUGCAUUGCCUUUGUACCCUGUGGUCAUAUAGCCACAUGUAGAGAAUGUUCUGCUGUGCAGAAAUGUCCUAUAUGCUGUUCCCAAAUUCACGAGAGAGUUAGAAUAUACAUGUCUUAAUUACUGAAGUAAAAUUCAUCGGAAUUUGUUGCCUCAGUUUUGCAGUAAAUAAAGAUUUUAUUAACUUGUAUUGUGAAUUAAAUGAAUAUGAUUGCAACUUGUUUCCUAUUUAAACUUUAUUGUGCAGUGACUUUUUCAAAUAAUUGUGUAGUAAGUUUAAUUGUGUGCCAAUUAACUAGCAACACUGAACACUUAAUGAACUAAACAAUGUAGUGUACAAAUUAAAAUGAAUUAUGAUAAACUAUUUGAUAAGGCCAUUAUGUUUCAACAGAACUUGUUGAUCAUUUGGCAGGAUUUUUGUGUAAUCUUUUAUAAAUCUUAAAUUGCCUUAAAACACAAGGUCUUAAUGCUACAGAACAGAGUACCCACUGUCUCUUGAGCAACUUUUGUAACAGCAUCCUCGAACAUGGAGGACUGUUUCAGUUGAAGCGUUCAAUUUAAAUUUCUAACUUAUGGUAUAAAGUGAUAAAAUUUCAGACUCUUAAUAUAAUGAAUUGCAUUGAAUUCACAGCAUUUUAGUACGGCACUUUAUGAAACUGGCAGGAUUGAAAUUGUGGUUAGUGUUGAUUUUUUUUUUGGUGAAUUUUCAAUCCUUUUUUGGGUAUAUUGUCAGAUGAUUGCAUACUCUAUUUCCAGGAGGGUGGGGUAGAAAACUGGUAUAGUAUGGCUUUGAAUUUAGAAAUCUGUCAAAUAAAUAUAACUCUGGUUGUGGAUUAGUCUACGUUUCAAAAUGGUCUCAUUUGCACAAUCAAAAGAGGCUGUAUUAUAGGAAGCAGAUGGCAAAGGAGUCAUGGAGUUUAAAAAAAAAGGUACCGUACUUGCAAUUUUUGAUUUAUGAUAAUGCAGGAUUAAAUUUUGCUGCUUGAGUAAAUUGUAGUUGGAAGUCCCAAUUAAGUAUACACCGAGGAUUUAAAUUAAAAGGUUAACAAAUGAAAGAAGCCGUGCACUGGUCAACUGGUGGCCUAUCGUAACAUUAUGUGAAGAUUGAAUGUGGAGUUUUAACAUUGGAUUGUAUAACCAAGUAUCUAUUCUGAAUCAAGAUCAUGUACUUCAAAAUGAUGGCUGCACUGCUGUGAUCUGAGUUUCACCAGUAAUCUGGUAAACUAUGAUCCACCAUAAAUGAGCAGACCCCUUCUCACAAUAUUCAGCCUUUAAGGAAUCAUCGUGGAAUGCAUUAUUUCUUAAUUUGUUUUAAGCUGACGGACAGUUUUUAAUUGUUGACUGACAUGCGCAAAACAAAUGAACAUGUAACUUCCUUUUAGUUGGAAGUUCAUCAGAUUUGAAAGUGAAAUCUGUGACUAGCUGCUAGAUCAUGUACAUGGAUUCAACAUAUUCUAGGUCAGUUGUGUACUUGUAGUAUUUAUCUGAAACUUUGAAAAUGUGCUCAUACAGGACCAAAUUAAUACAACUAUUUUUAACAUGUACUUUAACCCUUUACCUUUUUAAAUAUCACUUGGAUCUUGAUUUGAUUCAGUUUUUCAGUUGGAGAGUAAAAUAGCUUGAAUCUAUGCUUUUAUUUAUAAUUUUGCAAGGCUGAGGAAUAAUUUGUAAUAAAAAUUAAUUUUCAUCUUA